AUGACUUCAGUAAGUAAAUCAUUGUGGUGUACCAUCGUAUUAUUUAUUUUUUGUUACUGUCAACAACUUGAAUGGGAUGCAUCGAAUUUACCAAAUCCAACAGGAAGUGAUUUUAAACAAUGUAAUAUGCGAUCGACUUCGAACAUAUGUGAUCCUGAUCAUGUACUCUCAGAAUCAGACCGUUAUCGAUUGAAUCAUGAGUUGAAUCAAUUAGAGUCUCGAACUCGUCAGGAUCAUGCUCCAGAUUUUUGUCAGAAAAAAGGGAUCACCGCUGCAAUAGCCAUUGUCAAGCAUGUCAAAGGAGGUUCUGAAAUGGCUGUCAAAGAAAUGGCAAAUGAUAUUUUGCGAAAAUGGACUCUGGAUAAUCAGUGCCGGAAAUCAAUUGUUUAUGUGAUAGCAACGGAAGAUCGUCGAUUUUGGGCUGCUCGUGAUUCACGUACUCCUAUUUACGCUCAAGAAUUAACAGAGAUUUUUACAUCUCAAAAGCCACUUUUCCAAAAACGAGAGUAUGGACAAGCGGUGGGUAAUAUUAUACGCGAAACGUGGGAAAAAGCUUUAUCAAAGCAGGGAAAACAAACUGGUGAUAGCGCGGAUGAUCGGGGUGGUGUGGUUCCUGGUUUCCCUUCUGCACCUCCCAAAGGCAUUCGUCCUGCACCAGAUGAUGCCAAAAAACGUCCUAGUACUAUGUCACGCAUUCCAUUCUGGAUAUGGAUUACGCUUUUCCUUAUUCUUCUUCCUCUGUUGUGUUGUUGUUGCUGUUUGUGCUACUGCUGUUUCUGUAAGGGUACUAGUAACAACGGCGCAAACCAUUCACGUAGACAAGGACCAUCUGACAUUGAAACUGGUUAUAGAGGGAUGUCAGAUAGAAAUACCAGCAGAGGUGGCGGAGGCUUGAGUAACAUUAUGAGUGCUUUUGGUGGUAUGGGCGCUGGUCAUUUAAUAGGCCAGAUGUUCCGUGGUGGUGGAGGUAUCGGACGUCGUGGCAUGCCUGCAAAUUCAGGAUAUCAAGGUGGUGGUGCAUAUCCUGCAGCACCAUUUCAGCCUGGAAUAAGAGAUACUGGCGGUAAAGGUUUGUAUCCAGCGGCUGCAGUACGUGAUGAAGGUGGUGGAGGUGGUUGGUAA